AGUCGAGCACCAGGUAAUUUCCUCCCAGGCCUCCAUGGGCUUAUGUAUAAAGGCCCUCCAGAGCUGGUCCCUGAUACAGCCCUGAGCCUGCAGACUCAACCAGACCCUCCACUGAGCUGGCUGCCCCAAGCCCCAUGAAGCUGAUGGCCCUGCAGUUGCUGCUCUGGCACAGUGUACUUUGGACAGUGCAAGAAGCCACCCCCUUGGGCCCUGCCAGCAACCUGCCCCAGAGCUUCCUGUUCAAGUGCUUAGAGCAAGUGAGGAAGAUCCAGGCCGAUGGUGUGGUGCUGCAGGAGAGGCUGACGGGCUGCCUGAGACAACUCCACAGCGGCCUCUUCCUCUACCAGGGCUUUCUGCAGGCCCUGGCAGGGAUCUCCCCCAAGUUAGCUCCCACCCUGGACAUGCUGCAUCUGGACAUCGCCGACCUUGCCACCAACAUCUGGCAGCAGAUGGAAGACCUGGGGGUGGCCCCUGCCGUGCAGGCCACCCAGGGCACCAUGCCAAUCUUCACCUCAGCCUUCCAGCGCCGAGCAGGAGGUGUCCUGGUUGCUGCCAACCUGCAGAGCUUCCUGGAGCUGGCAUACCGUGUUCUGCGCUACCUUGCCGAACCCUGAGCAAAAAACCCUCCCCAUUCAGUGUAUUUAUCUCUAUUUAAUAUU